AUGCAAUGGCUAGGCUACAUUGCUCCUUCUGCCGGCCGCUAUAUUCCAGUGGAUAACCCCGCGCAUUAUAUAAAUCCAUACGAUAUCAAUGGACCACGUGGAUUUCCUCCACAUAUCCCUCCAGCACAUCCGGUAUAUCCUCCUCCUAUCCUCCCUUCUCAAAUCACCUACCAACAACCAGCUAGCCAUCUAGCUCCGGCUUUACGCCCCCACCAUCCUCCUCCACAUGAUUCUCGCUUCGCUCCCCCUGCUCCAGUCGGCUACCUUGCUGGUGGUGCCCCAGGCCUUCAAAACAGUCUUCUGAAUACCAGCUAUGGUCUAAAUGGCCCUCCUAUUGCCAAUCCGAUGGCUAAUUUAACCGUUAUAGGCUACCAUGACGAGAAAAACCUGAUAAUCGAUGAGUUCUGUGAGGAGACUAGAAGAGAAGUGGAGAGAUUACGAUCUAUUUGGGAGAUGGAGCGAGCUAGUGGUGCUUCUUUGAGUAAUUUUGGUCCUAUUAGUGCCAAUAGCAGUGGUAUUAGUGGUGAAACGGGUGUUGGAGGGGUUGGAGAUCUUAGAGAGAACGAGAAUACGGAUAUUGGCGGGAAUGACGAGGAUAGUCUGAGUGAUAGCGAUAUGGAUUACGAAGGAUGA